GGGGAUAUGUCGACUGGAAAUGAAAGGAUUUCACUCAUACUCGCACUAGUUUAUAUAGCUGAUUUUGACUAUGUUGACCUGGUGGUGGGGGAACAUAAGUUUUACGGUAGUGGUCGUGGUAUCCUAAGGUGGCUUGUUCGAAACAAAACCACAUGAUCUCUUCUCCUUUUUCACUCUUCUUCAAACCGCCCAAACACACCAACACAUGGUAUCGCUGCUGUAUCCAAUUCCACCAACCCAACCCUUCUACUCCGAUUCAUCUCCCAUGGCGAUUCCUAAUAUCGGCUCUUUCUCCGCCCCCACCGACGUCGUGGCUCCGCCUUCACCCGCCGAUGAUGCUUCCAAGAAGAUCAGAAAACCCUACACCAUCACUAAAUCCCGCGAGAGCUGGUCCGACCCCGAGCAUGACAAGUUCCUCGAAGCACUCCAACUAUUUGACCGUGACUGGAAGAAAAUUGAAGCAUUUAUAGGAUCCAAAACUGUUAUCCAGAUUCGUAGUCAUGCGCAGAAGUACUUUCUGAAGGUCCAAAAAAAUGGUACUAAUGAACAUCUCCCUCCCCCUCGUCCUAAACGGAAGGCGACUCACCCCUAUCCACAAAAGGCUGCAAAAAAUGUUCCAGCAGUUUUUCAAGUUACGACGUCUUUUCAAACAGCUGCUCUUAGCGAACCUGGAUUUGUACAAGGGACAAAUUCCCUUACACUGGUGAAACAAUCUGUAUCAGAUGCAGCCAUUUGUUCAACAAUCCGUAACCCCAAGGAUUUAAGUAGUUUAUCCCAGAUGGUCAAAGAUGAUAGGGUAUCCACAAGCCAAUCAACAGAUAAUAACUGUUGCAGCAGUAACGAGAGGGCUCUUAAAACACAACCCGCAAACGAAAUACAUGAGCUUCAACUUAGAGUUCUACCGGACUUCGCUCAAGUUUAUGGGUUUAUUGGCAGCGUCUUUGAUCCCAAUACCAGUGGCCACUUGCAGGAACUCAAGAAGAUGGACCCCAUUGAUGUUGAAACAGUACUGCUGCUAAUGAGAAACCUCUCAAUCAACUUGACAAGCCCUGAUUUUGAGGAUCAUAUACGUAUGUUAUCGAGCGAUGAGGUUGAAUCUGAGAAAGAGAACUCAGAUGAUGUCAUAGACACUCUUAUCGAUUGUCAACCUGAGCAAGUCGGCUCACCUUGGGACGUAAACAGAGCAAGUAGUGGGCCCCCACAGCUAUGCCGUUUAACUUAACUUUGUUGGCUGACAAGUAAGAAAGUCGUGCUAUGGCUUUUCAAUCUGAUUAGUUGGAUGUAGCAACAUACACCGAAACUGUUUGAAGUGAUAUAUAGAAAGACACCUGAUUGCGGAAAUGUAACAUAUGUAGGCCUACCAUAUGUAUAUCUGAUUUUUCACAUUUUUUUAUGGUGCAGUGUCUUGUAAAGUUAUAAAAUUGUGUGUAUCCUUGGCCUUCCGUGACACAUUCACAUCUCUAUCAUCGUAUCAUAUUUUCAUCGUA